AUGGAGUUUCACGGUUAUCUCGCCGGAGCAGGCAUCGCCAGCAAGUCCACGAGUAGCACAGACUACGGACUGGGUCUUCUGGGCGACACCGCCCAGCCCGAGCCCCUCCAGAUCGUCAAGCGACGUGAGAGCGUCCUCCGCGGAUCAGCCACGGUCGGACGGUGCGGUGGGCGAGGCGGCAGCGGCGGCGGCAGCAGCCCCAGGAGGACUAGUGGCGAUACAGACACAAGCGGCGGCAGCAGCGCCCCCGAGCUGCCAGGCGGCGAUGCCCCGCUGACAAUACCCAAGCGCAGGCGUGGCGUGAGCGGCGGCGGGAGUGUGGUAAGGAGGUCUCAGAUCUCCUCGAGCUGGACGUGGUCGCCCUGCGUGAGAGGAGGUGGGCUGGCUGGAAUCGGGCCCGAUGCUUACGACGAAGACAGCGAUGGAGACUCGGCUGUUGGCCAGGCACGACCAAGUUUGCAGAGCAGAAAUGUACCAGAUGUGCUGCUCACGCAGAACAAGACGGGAAGCUCCUUCGUCUCGCGGAGCCCCUCGGGCGAGUCAUUUCAAGCAACGCAGCAGUGGUCUCACUCACCUCCUUCCUAUAGGUCGUAUGCACAUGACGGCGGUGAUCCAUACUCGCGCGCCAAUACUUGUCUACCAUUCCUCAGCCACGCACCAUUUGGAAGACAGCAAUACCAUCAGAGCCCUCCGCUGGCAGAUCCACUGGUAUUGGUGCCUUGUGUCACAGUAGUACCGGAGUGCAAAGGUGUCGAUUCUGGCAGACGCAGCUUCUGGGCGGCUGUUCAGGUCUCGACACAGUUGACUCGGCCAGAGAUCAUGGUGGCCAGGAAUCGUUUCGGAGAUGUGUGGAACGGAGGAGGAGAGCAGUUACAGCUGACUCCGAGGGUUGUGCAUGACAACGAGUUAGGUCUUCAUCAAUUUGGUUAUCUAUACGAUAUAAGUCUCGAGGUAUUUGCUGUGGAUGGCAGCUCCUUGAUGGAGGUCCUUAUGGAUAGGACAGCACCAACAACCCUGGCACCAGGAGACAAGAUUCUUGCGCUGGCCCAUGUCGAGCUCCAUUCAACUCAAAAGCCCGACUUUGCCGACUUCCCAGGUCAAGAACAUGGUAGACGGCACGACUCCGAGGAGUUGAUAAGAGACCUCGAGCUUCAGCUAGGCAGCACACAGGCGGAGUUUCUACGUGUGAGGCUUACCUACCGCCACUCAGGUUUUCCUCAGCAGCAGUCGCAACAGCAACGACAGGUUCCUCGCGGUGGCGACUCGCUGAUGUCUUCGACGACAACAACAACUGCAAGCAAUCACAAGAUCGAGACGCAGGUAAUAGCAGCCAUUGAGAGACGUAGCUCAACCUCGCCGUGGUCACCCUCUCCAGCCUCGAUGCCGAACCCACUUAUUCAGAUCGUAGCUUCUUGCUGGGGCGUGGCAGCUGCCAGAGACGUGAUGGACCGUACGUCGGUGGGGCGGCAGUCACAGGCCAGCAGUCGGUCUUGCCGAUCGCCUGCCGAGUCCUCAGUGGGCCGGCGGCCGCUGUCCAGCAUCGAAGGCAACGCCGUACCCACCGUGCCAGCACGGCGUGCUAGCCUACGAAAGGCUAGGGCAGGCUCGACAGCAGAUAGUGGAAGCGAGCGUGAGAGGAGAACCCCCGAUCCCGCCCACAAGCUCUGGACCCAGAUCCGCCGAGCUUCGUCGACCAAAACACCGGCGCCAAAGCCCUUCUCCACACCCGCGGCAUCUUUUCGUGGGCGAGAACCGAAAAAUCCAAACGGAAUUGUGGCUAGCCGUGUAGAAGGCCUCCAGCAAAGACAACAACAAUCACAGAAUAGCCAAGGGUCGACCACCGAGCCGCCGAACCUAUGGCGGAAGCGGGAUCCCGACGCACGGCGAGAGUCACUUCGGGAGACGGCACUGCGCAACCGAAGAUCACUUGGAGUGGACACCUUGCGCAGCCUCGUGCCCAGCGAAUGCGGCAGCAACAAUGACAGCCAGAAGCUGUUGGUGCAAGACUCGUAUCAGUAUGAUCCUCGGAGCCUGAGAGGCAACAACAGCAAGGGUAAGCGGGAGGCAGGUGGGAGGUGGGGAUGGGGUGGCUGGUGGUAA